GGCAGCGCCCAUGAAAAGCGAAUCUUCUAGCUCCUCUGUUGAUGAUUUUGUGGUUGAAUUUUUAAAUUCUCAUUUUGGUGACGAUGCUCGUUCUAUUUCUAAAGCCAAAUCGUUUUUUAACGAUGUUACGUUAAAGAAAGAGAAGCUGGAAAAGCAAGUAUCACUAGCGAGCUCUGAGGUUCCAGCAGAAAUAAAGAAAGCACUGAAGACAGCACAGACAACUAGUAAGAAAAUUAAGAAACUUGGUGUUGAGCAAGAAACUCUGCGACAUGAUAUCUUGGAUAACCUGCGUGAUUCUAAACCAAUGGUUGAUGAUCUCUCUAAACUCGUCACUGAUGUUCGGGAGUUGGAGCGAUAUGCCAAAUAUCUCAGCCUUACUGUCAAAAUUGAGGACUGCAGUUCGCAGAUUCAAACGGCCAUGAUCACAGAGUCAAUGCAGAGUGCUGUGGAUGCGUUUGAUGAGCUGAUUGCUCUCUACCAGAGUCUGGAGCAGUCGCAGUGUGCCAACCUCAUCCACUUCACCACGGAAACCAUCCUCUUCUGGAACAACAUCCUACAAAACAAAAUUGCUACAGAGUUUGAGGAUGUCCUCAAAGCCAUGCGCUGGCCACUGGUUGCCACGACAAUCAAGGCACCGCCAGUGACGAAUGCUGUGGAGGUGAAAGCCAAAAUGGAGUGCCUUUUUAAACAACUUCUUCACUUGGAUCUUGUAAAUACACUCGCCAUAAAGACCCCACCAUCCACUCUACAUGGUUUAGAGUUGAAGCCUUUAAUUCUUCCUCUACACCUCAUGCUUAGACCAUUAAAGAAGAGAUUUAUCUACCACUUCUAUGGCAAGAAGCAAACAAACAGUUUAGAUAAGCCUGAAUGGUAUUUCACCCAAAUCCUGAGUUGGAUUCGAGACCACAGCGAUUUUCUUCAAAACAAUAUCCAGCCUCUAUUAACAGAGUUUGGCAAACCAACCCUCAAUGCCAGGGUAGAGUUUAUCCGUGGGUUGACGAUGCUGGCGAUGGAGAAGUUGAGUCACGAUCUGCCGGAGCUGUGUGACGAUGAGCAUGUGUUCUCUCACCUCGUUGACGAGACGCUGCUGUUUGACCGCGAACUGCGACUCACGUACAGCUUCCCGACACACAUACCAGGCUGUCUACACGUGCUCAGCUCCGGGGACGCAUUCACUAAGUGGCUCAGCAUAGAAAAGAAAUUUGCCCUGGAGAAGAUCGACGCAAUGCUGUCAUCGCCCACUGCAUGGCUGUCGCAGUACAAGGACAUUGUGGAUGUUGACGAACUCAAGGUGCCAGAGUGUGGAGAAAGCUUCAUGACGCUGCUGACAACUAUUACAGAGAGAUACAAACCGCUACCAGAAGCGACCAGUAAGCUCCAGUUUCUGGGCCUGCAGCUGGAACUGCUUGAAGAUUUCCGAAUCCGCAUCGUGCAGGUCAUGAAACAAGAGACUCACAGUCCAACCGGCGCCUGCUUCUCUUCCAUCCUCAACGCGGUGCACUACGUCAUAGAGGUGCUCAGAGAGUGGAGCGAACUUGUGUUCUUCCUUCAGCUGCAGUACGCCCGUAAGAACCACUCGAAACCAGCUUCGAGCACGAUGAAACCGACAAGGACAUCAUCGUCGUCAUCCUGGUCACAAGACUCUUUGAAGCAACCUUCGGAUGACCCUGACACGAGUGACCUCACUGACCUGGGUCUGGAGGUGACGGUGUUUGACGACAUGAUCAACCUAUAUGAGAGUAUCCGUGACGACAUGCUCAAGAACAGCACCACCUACAUCUUCACCGACAUUCAGGCACGCAGUCAGCCCUACAGGAAAGACAGGUGGCUGUCACUGGCAUCGCAGAAAGACUUGAUGCCAAGUCUUGGCCUCUCUCCGUCAGCUUGUGAGAUGUUGCUGGUGCUCAAGGGACACCUGGCCGUCAUGGAAACACAGCUCAGUAAACCCCUCUUCACCACCCUGUGGCAGACUCUGGCUCAGAAACUCAACAAGUUCAUUCUACAAGAGGUUAUUUUGCCCAACCAUUUCAAUGAUGGCGGUGCUGCACAGCUCAGCUUUGACAUGACGAGGAACCUGUUUCCGCUGUUUGGAGAAUACACACAGAAACCAGACUCGUACUUCAGAGAAGUAAAAGAAGCUUGUAUCUUGUUAACACUGACGACUGGGUCAGCCAUCUUGCUUAAAGAAGUUCUUCACACAGCGCUGCACGAAAAGAAAACCGACCCGAACCAGAAAACAACCGACCCUUGUCAGGCCCUUCACGAACUUGGCGUUUACAAACUGUCACCCGAGCAGGUGGAGAGAAUAUUGCGUGUUCGGACGGACGUGUGAUGUUAGGGAAUAACUCCAUUUGUUUUGUUUUUUAUCAACAUGUAACAUUUGCAAGCAGGCUUCAUAUUUAUUUAUGGCGAUUAAAAAUGUGAUAUAUAAUAAAAUCAA